AUGCGGUCCUUCACUAAAUUGCUCGCGGCUACUGCCAGCGUGGCUACUGCGCAGUCCAUUUUCAAGCCAUUGCGGCCUCCGGCUCUUCCUUUGGCAGUCCGCUCUCCGUACAUGAGUACCUGGCAGCAAGCUGGCAGCGACGGGGGCAAUGGAGGCUAUCUUGCUGGCGAAUGGCCUACGUUCUGGGCGGGUCAAAUCACCGGCUGGUCUGGAUUCAUCAGAGUCGACAAUGUCAGCUAUACUUGGUUCGGCGCGGCUGACCAGAACAACCUCUACGCGGACCAGACUGGAUACGAGUACACUUCGACCAAGAGCAUCUUCACCAUGAAUGCUGCUGGCCUGGUUGACAUGACCAUCACAUUCACUUCUCCAGUCGUGCCAGACGAUCUUCUCCGAGCUUCUUUGCCAUAUUCUUACAUGAACGUUGACGUCAAGAGUGCCGAUGGCCAUCAGCACGAUGUCCAGCUUUACACAGAUAUCACUGCCGAGUGGGUGUCUGGCGAUCGCAGUGCUACAGCUCAGUGGGAUUAUGAUGUGAUCCAAGGCGCUGCUCAGCCGAAACUUAACACUCCAACCACGACACAAGCUCCUACAACCACAUACCCAGAUGGUCCUUUCGGCACCGAGACAACCUACAAAGGCGUGGACGGCGUUGACCACCCAUUCCGACCCAGCCAAGUCUCGAGCAACCCGCACUUCCGACCAACAAACUUCUUCCCACCCGGUUCUGCUCACCCUACAGGGUCGGCGAACGAACAUCACAGGCGGCAGGCAGGCGGUGGUAUUGCCUACCACGAGGUGUAUCGCCAGCAACAACUCAAUUUCUCCGAGACUAACCAGCAGGCUGAUUGGGGUUACUGGUAUUACGCCACCUCGAAUGUUGCAGGUCUGACCCACCAGUCUGGGUCGGAUUUUAACGUCAGAAACCAGUUCUUGAACAACGGCGUUCUCGCCAAUACCGAGGAUACGAAUUAUCGUGCUAUCAGCGACGCCUACCCGGUAUUCGGUUAUGCCAACAGCCUUGGCCAGGUUGGCACGUCUACUGUCAGCACGCUGUUCCAGCUCAGUCUACACCAGCAUGACUGCAUUCAGUACGAAGGUGCUAGUGGUAACCAGUCACUGCCUUGCAUGUGGACUAGCUACUUCGAUACCAACACCGCAGCCGUUGACUUCUACUACAAUGACUACGCCAAGGGAUCGUCGCUAGCCUCAACAUUCGACGAUAAGGUGAAGAGUGACUCAGUCGCAGCUGGUGGUGAUGAUUAUUCUGCUCUCACAGCUCUUGCCGCUCGUCAGGCCUUCGGUGCGCUGGAGUUCACGAACACGCCAGAUGCGCCAUACGUCUUCCUUAAGGAGAUCAGCUCGGAUGGAAACAUCCAGACCGUUGAUGUUAUCUUUCCAUUCCAUCCUAUGGCCAUCUACCUCAACCCUACUAUGCUCAAGUACAUGCUCGAUCCACUCUUUAUCAAUCAAGAGGCUGGGUUCUGGCCGUAUGCUUUCUCCAUUCACGAUCUUGGCACCAGCUUCCCGAACGCAACAGGACACAAUGACGGCAAUGCUGAACAACAACCACUUGAGGAGUGCGGCGACAUGAUCAUCAUGACACUUGCUUACGCCCAACGCACGAAUGACAACGCAUAUCUUUCCCAGCAUUACGGCAUUCUUAAGCAAUGGGUCGAGUACCUGGUCGAGGAAGCACUCAUCCCGGACAGCCAGAUCUCGACCGACGACUUCGCGGGUGCACUCGUCAACCAAACCAACCUAGCAUUGAAGGGCAUUAUCGGCAUUGAGGCCAUGGCUCAGAUUGCCAAUCGUACAGGUCAUCCCGACGACGGCGCCAACUACACUGCCAUCGCACACAACUACAUCUGUCAGUGGGAGAAGCUUGGCGUCAACUACAACACGACCUAUCCUCGUACAACGCUGAACUAUGGCAACUUGACCUCCCAUGGUCUGCUGUACAACCUGUAUGCGGACGCUGAGCUUGGCUUGGAACUAGUCCCGAGGAACGUAUACGAUAUCCAGUCCAGUUUUUACCCAACUGUCUUCAACCAGUAUGGCCCGCCACUUGAUACAAGGCAUACAUAUACGAAAGCCGACUGGGAACUCUGGUGCGCCGCCAUCGCCUCCACCAGCACUAAGACCCAAUUCAUCGACACCGUCGCCAAAUGGUUGAACGAGACACCCACGAACUUCGCCUUCACGGACUGGUAUGAGACUAUCACUGGAGACUAUCCUACUGCUGGGAUGUUUAUUGCUCGGCCUGCUGUCGGCGGCAUGUACAGUCUGCUUGCUCUGGAAGGUGCUCCAACUUCGGGUUAUGUGACGCCGAGUUGA